AUGAUUGGACCAGAGCCUGUUGAGAGGGAGCACUGGGGAAGAAAACUCGAAUUUCUUUUCGCUUGUAUCGGGUUCGCGGUGGGUUAUGGGAACUUCUGGCGAUUUCCUUACAUGUGCUUUAGAAAUGGUGGAGGUAUGACUUAAUAUGACCUUACGCGGUACCCCGCUGCUGUUUCUUUAAACCUUUACACUCGUACAUCAGUAUGUAUAUUCUCCGUACUGUUCUCUAUAUAUUUUCUAAGGUGCUGACUAGGAGAGUUUAAUUUACAAUUGAGAGUUACUUUAGUUGGUGAUCAUUUCCUUUAUUCUCAUCGCCUGUAUGCGUGAUUCAGGGGUGAUGGUGUGAGGAGAAGAUAGAUUCGCAACGGGGGUUAAAUGGUUAGGUCAUCGUUGCAAGUUCUUAAAGGGAUUUGGAUCAGUUUUAAUACGUGCGAAGUAUUAGUUAUGAUACUAUACAGAGUAUCUCGUGUUUCAAAUUAUCAUCUUUUUUUCAAUGAGAGCGGAAAAGCCAGAAACGCGUCUCUAGAAAUACGCACUGCGUUUUAAUGAAUUGGUUAGAAUAUAUAUUAUUGUAUCGUCGUGAUAACCUCGUUUCCAGGAUCCUCUCUUCCUCCCUGAGAAUGAGGCUCCACCUAUAUAGGUAUUUUAUCUAUUUACUCAUUCAUUCAUUUUUCCCUUGUACGGUUGUUCGAUUUUAACAUUACAAAAGAAAUUUAAAAUAUGAUCUUUCUUUACUAUUUAGGUGCUUUUCUUAUCCCGUACGUUUGUUUUCUUCUCCUUGGGGGUAUUCCCUUGUUCUUCAUGGAACUCAGCAUUGGACAAGUUCUUCAGGCAGGGCCUAUUAAGGCGUGGGCAAAAAUCUCCCCUCUCUUUUCAGGUAAGGGCACGAAGAAUGGUGCGUGCGCAUCGUUGGUGCAUGUUGUUUUGGAGGCAUUACGUCACCUUAAGCGAUCGUUCCGAUAAGGACUUCCGUCCAAGUUACUCAAAUGAUUGUCAUCAACAAUAUUUGUUAAUCCGACAUCUAAGCCAUGUAACUGGCUGAAAACAAGCUUUGAUGCCAUAUUUCUUCGUUGGUUUCAUUUCUUCCACCCACUAUCAUUUAAAAGUUUUUUCUCAUGCAAAAUCUGCUUUAUUUUUUUCUGUUGUGUCUUUGCUACUUUGCCAAACAUAGCGAUGACUUUGUGAAUAACUCUCUUCAAUUUUCCAUGAGCGCCCGUUGAGAUAUGACGCGCCGAGUUGGCCAUAACCAUUACCAUAUCACUGAAUGGAAUAAUUAUUUUAUCAAUUUCCAUUAAAUUCCGAACGUUUGGAUAUUUGGAGCCUUUUUUUGGGCUUUGCACCAGUUGGCGCAAUGUAUUUCCAUAUAAGGUGACUCGGAAUAUGAGGUGAUAACUGGAGUUGAGUGAACCAAUGAGAACACUUAAAAUGAAAUAUUUUUUGUUAAAAAAAAAUUAACGACUACUGUUAUUCUUUCUUAGGUGUUGGCAUUGCCAUGGUGACCGUAUCAUUUUUAGUGUCUGUUUAUUACAAUGUCAUCCUCGCUUGGAGUAUCUACUAUCUUUAUAACUCAUUUAAGCCUGACAUCCCCUGGGUUGGCUGUCACCAUACCUGGAAUACGGACAGCUGUUACGAAGUCGGCUCAAAAAACAAUCUUACAAAUACCACAAGGGUGUCUUCGAGCAGGGAAUUCUUCAUGUAAGUACCCUUGAUACGUCUUAUCUUAUUUAUCUUAUGCGCCAUGCCCAUCAGAAUAUAUAAGCAAACCGAUACUCGAGAAAAACGCUGGAUCUAUCGAGAAUUUAGCACUUUUAGGAGUUAACUUGUAUUUCUUGUUUUUUAAUCAAGAUUAUGUGUUGAAAGAUCAUUUUCUUUCUGAGGUAACAUGCUUAGUUGAUAUGAUGAUAACCGCAUAUCACCAAUGUUUAGCCAAAAGUAUUAACUGGAAUUUGCAAUUUCUCCCAACAACUGAAAUAGCUCUGGUGUAAGAACUGAAUCAUAAAAGCCACAAGUAUGAAAACUGUUAGCAGCUGCUUUUGAGGCUAAGUACAUUGGAUGAAAAAUAAACGGAAUCACUAGCAAUAACUUUUUAUCUUAAUAACAACUCUUCAUUCAGCAAACGUAUAUCGAGAACAGGCAAAUUUAUCAGCUUUAGGGUGUUAGCGUAAUGUAACAUUUCAUUCUCUAAUCUCUCUACAGACACAAUGUUCUUGACAUGUCUGAAGGAAUUAACAAACCUGGCUAUAUGAACCUUAAAUUGGUAGCGUGUUUGUUUGUGGCCUGGGUACUAGUGUAUUUCUGCAUCUGGAAAGGCAUUCGUACAACUGGCAAGGUCGUUUACGUCACAGCUACGUUACCUUACGUGUUCUUGAUCAUUCUUUUCAUCCGGGCAUUGACACUACCCGGAUCUUCAAGCGGUAUGGUGUACUACGUGACACCGGUUUGGUCAAGACUCGCAGACCCGAAGGUAAAUCACUUUUUGAGAUCUGCGUCACCGUUUGUUCACCUUGAAAAAUUCGGCCUAAGAUUUCCAAAGUCGUUUCUUUGAAUCUUUUUCAAUCUUCUCUAUCCUUGGCCAUCCUUAGACCUUCAUGGAUGUUUUAACAUUUAUGAAGGUCUAGGGGUGGCCAAUAAUAUGAGGUUAAAUGAGGUUAAAUGAGGUUAAAUUUGCGCGUCCUCGAUAAGACCGUUUUUAACAUUCCGGCAUAGGCCUUUUACUUCGAUUUCAAGUUGAGUGAGGUACAGAAACAGUUUGGUAACUGGCUCUGACGUUAAAGUUAUGAUGUUGUCACGGGCAACCUUUCUUAUUUCCGAUGAUAACCGAAUCUCAAGAGCUGGGCGUCACCAAAUGCUAUACGUGAAAGCCGCUAGAAGCGGUCAAACGAAAUGUUGCCACUGAAAACGGAGCUGGUCGCCUGUGACAACAACACAAUUUUAACGUUAAAAUGUGAACGUAAACUUCCGUCGCGCCUCAUUCAACUGAAAACUCACAAUUUCCUUGCAGAUAAGCACUGAAAUGAAAGUUGUGAUAUGUUAAGAACGGGAAACGAUUGCUUGUCACAAUCUAAAGGAUGUUAUUUAGGUAAGUGAUUCAAACUGAUAAGAUUCAAAAGAGAUCGCCUUUUUCUUUAAGGUUUGGAUCGAUGCAGCAUCACAAAUCCUUUAUUCGUUGACAAUCGGUUUUGGAGUUCUCAUAGGAUUUGCAAGCUACAACAAAAAAAAGAACAACGUUUAUAAGUAAGUGUGAAUAGUUUUAUUUUAAACAUAGCAGUUUUCAGUCGCUGUGUCCAGGAUUGAAGAAUUGUUACUUCAUUAACCCUUUCACUCCCGCAAGUGACCAAGACAGAAUUUCUCCUUACAAUAUCAAUACAAUAUCAAGCAGGCAGGUGAUGAGAAUAGAGAAGAAUAUCAAUUAUGGGAUUAUUAGUUGAUCCAAUACUAAAUUCUCUGAACUAACAUCAUAAGAAUUGUAUGGCAGAUAGUAAGGAGAAAUUACUAAUUAGAUCAUGGGAGUGAAAGGAUUAAUCUUACUGAGUGGUCUAACCACUUAACCACUUAAUCUCCGAGAGUGACUCGGUCUGAGGCAUCGAAUUUCUCCUCUGUAGCAAAUAUUAAGACUAGUUUAUUCCAGAGGAGAUUUUUUCGGAUUCAUAAAUGUUACUGAAUUCAUCAACGUUAGGGUUAUCGGAUUCAUAAGCGUUUACAAUCAAUGUGUAUCUGGAUUCCCAACCAUUUACGCACGUCAAUUAAUCCGCAAACACUCUGAAUUGUGUGGGUACAAGGCUGUUUCUUGCCGUGAUCGAUGACAACAAAAUGCCGCCAAAAAAAAAAACGGCUAGAGUUGAUUUAAAAGUUUUCGGAUUCGAUGUUCUAGCGUUAAAUUUAGGAUACGAAAUCUCUGGAGACACGAGUAAAGAGGGAAGGUUUUAUUUCGAAUUUGUCUACUUGUGGCAAAAAAUGGCAAAACGAAUUCGGUAUAUUAAAACGUAUCUCAGAAAGGUAUAGAGAACAGUAUGGAGACCAUGCAUGUUAGGAUGUGAAGGGUCAAGAAAGUCGCCCCGCCCGAUCAACCCUACUCAGUCCGUCGCAUUUUAUCGCCCUGAGUCAGUUUACUUCGAGUUCUCAUCUCUUGUGACAUUAAGCAUUGUCGUGGUUGACGGCUAAGAUUGUUUUGUUAUAAAUUUUCCUACAGAACAAAGCAUAAUGAACAGCUUUAUCAAUCAAUUUCACAUUCUUCGAAAGAAUGUUUAUAAUUAAGAGUUGAAAUAGAUGUCAUCAGAGAUUUAUGAAAUGACUCUAAGAAAAACUAAAUGAACUGUUCUCUCUCAGGGAUGCUUUGGUUAUCUCCCUUGUCAACUGCUGCACCAGCCUGUUUGCGGGCUUUGUUGUGUUCGCCGUAGUGGGCCACAUGGCAUAUAUCCAGGGGAGCACCCCAGCGGAAGUGGCCUCUCAAGGUACAUUACUUAAUUUUAAAGGACUGUGUCACGACAUUCCUGGCCAUAACCAUUUUCACAAAAGUCACUUCUUACACUCUUUAUCUCAGCGGUAUAUAAAACUCCUUUCACAACGAAACCCCGUAUAUGGUCCGGUACAUCAUCAAGUUAUGUGUCACUCAGUUCGUAGAGCAUCCGACGGCAAGAUUGAAAGAUCCGAUGGUUCGUAACCUCACGAGAAACUAAGAUCUCCCAGCGCCCGAUGUUUCCGAAAGAAGUUCGAAACCUUUCUAUAUCACCUCCCUAAAGACUACUUUGGGUGUCCGGACAAUUCGCCCCAUUUCAAGUUCGACUUCUGACCAAUUCGCCCCAUCUUGACGCAUUCGCUGUGUCAAAUUUGACGGGUUAACCCCUAAAUCUUUCAAGCCGUUUCUUCACUCUGUUUUUCCUUUAAAAUGCCUCAGCAUCAAUCAAUAUCGUCUUCAACGUACGCACUCGCGCAACACAGAGGCCACCGGAGUUUGAAAGCGAGUUAGCAUACUUUUUUUAAUAGAGCGUUUUGGUAAGAGCAAGAGAUCUGCCUGAUGAUGAAAUUUAUCAUGAUUUCGUUAAAAAUAAACACGUUUUGCUGUGAGGUAACGUGUUAAAGAUUUUAUGGUGAACUGCUAAAAUUUGGGCGAACUUGUUGUACUUGAUGAGGCGAACUGGCAGAGGGCGAAACCUACAUUAAACCCACUGUACACAAGAGAUCACAAACGCAAGUUUGUUUAAAGCAUUAUACAUCAAUAAUGGACCGACAUUGCUUGUUAUUUAACCUGCAGGUCCAGGUCUGGUGUUUAUUGUCUACCCAGCCACUUUAGCAGAACUUCCCGCGCCACAGAUCUGGUCUGUGAUCUUCUUUCUCAUGCUUAUAACCCUUGGUCUCGAUAGUCAGGUGACUGAAGGCUAUCUUUUGCCCCGCUCACACCUGGAAAACAUGUUUAGUUUAUAAAACCAGUUUUAAUUAAAAGAAAGUCAGCGACGGGAAACUGGAAAACUGAAAAACUGGAUUUUAGAGACUAAGCUAUCAUUAACGUGUGUUUUCAUUGUGCUAAAUUUUAAGUCGAUAAAGAACAGGUAAAGCAACUUCUAUGAAGAAAACAGUUCUAAACCGUAUUAAACGAAAAAGCUUUCAAACUUGUUUUACCUCAUGUUGGAAAUAUAUUGAUUUAAUUGGUUGCACAAACUACAUGGCCCUAACAGCUCAGCCAGUUAGAUACAAGUAGAGUUGCCAAUUGUAAUCUAAUCAUGAGCGUUUUCACGCGCAUGGUUAGAAAAAAAGUGUUUGGUUCUUCAAGCUACAUGAUCUCUCUGGCUCGGCCGAUCAGAUACGACUUAAAUCACCAUUCGCGAUUUAGUCGUAUUCAUUUUCCGGCCCUUGACAUGUGGGUUAGCAAGGAAACUAGCUGCUCUGACAGCACUUAUAAUCAUUUCUGAGCUCUCACUUACGGUUUCGGUACAUUAAGCUUUUCUGAGUUGCACGUAGAAUUCAGACUUGAUUUGUCUACCUGAUAAGGUUUUAUUUCACAUUUUUACGUCCUUAUUUCACCCGUACUGUGCCUUUCCCAUUUGGAACUUAUCAGUUUGGACAAGUAGAAGUAGUAGCAGCCGCCAUCAUUGACCAAUACCCCGAGAUGCUACACAGAUACAGGGAAGCUGUUGUAUUGGUCGUGUGCCUGAUCAUGUUUGUUUUGGGUUUACCUUGUGUGACACAGGUGAGAAUAUAAUGUGUGCAAUUAACUUGGUUCGCUGCUCCCUUUCUGAAAUCCCAAAAAAAAUUUGUAACGCCGGGUGAGGUUCUCCUGAGAAGGACUGUUGUCGGCUGUGACCGACGUUUCAACAACUUAAACCGACCAAUCAGUUCACACCGGCGAACCGGACUUAUGACUUCACUCGACCGGGACGAUGACUUCCGCUAAGGUUGUGGAAAUGUCAGUCACCCCUACCGACAGUGUCAGUCCUUCUCAGGACUACUGUCACCCGGACGAUCAGACUACACGAUCAAAUGUAAUCCCUACUCCCCCCUCCCACUCCCCGCCAUCUUUUGACACAGUUCACGAUGAUUUUUUUUUUAAUAUCCGAUUUCAUUCUCGGAAAGUUGCAAACCACCCAUAUGGUUUCAUCUUUAACCUCAUACACCCUAAUAUCAGUAUGCAUAAUCUCCAUACUGUCCUCAUACAUUUCUCAAGGUGUUGACAAGGAGAAUUUGUUCAGUAAUCAAGAAUUUCUUCAGUUGGUGAUCAUUGCCUUUUUGUGACUUUAAUAUGUGAUUCAGGGGUGAUAUUGUAAGGAGAAAUUAGAUAGUAAUCACUAUUUGAAAUCAAAAAGGGUUACGAUUCUAUUGACGAGCACAAAUUUGAAACUUGUUUAAUUCGAAGUGUCCGAAAACUUCCGAAAGAUUUAAACUAAUUUAAAUAUCUCUUAAUGUAAUUUCAGGGAGGUAUAUACGUGUUCAACUUGCUUGAUUCGUUUUCUGCUGGAAUUUCGUUACUAUUUUUGGUAAUAUUUGAGUUGAUGGUUGUCGGCUGGAUUUAUGGUGAGAAUGACACAUAUUCAAGUAAUUUUAUUCUAUUGGUCUGGAAGAGGAAACUCUCAUUAUUCAGCACUACAGGAUGUGCUCUUGCCAAUGCGCUAAUAAGUAAGACCUGCUCCCAGUUAAUGUUUUUGCCCAAUUUUAUCCUCUAGCACGAAUUUUCCCCGCGUUCUCUCUUCAAAAACCUUUGUCGUCAUUGUACUACUGUAGGCCCACGUUUUUUUGCAUGAUACCGAUUUACUCAAAUUAAACUUUUUCACUGAGAUUGAUGCACUAAAAAAUUUGUCUAAUAAAACCUGGCAUGACAUCGUCGACAUUCGGCUCAUUCUCGCAGGGUAACCAACUCGCAUUUAAAUAUUUAGUACAAAGAACCACUUCUGUAGAAUAAAGGGGGUAAGCUUCUAUAGAAACUAUGGUGCUGCGUCGUCUUUUAAACUCUUAACGGUGAUCAAUUUACGUUAUCUACUCGGUUGAUAAUACUAAGUUACUUCUGAAGAAUAGUUGCAAAUAACACUCGUUUACUCGUCACACUGUUGAUCAUGCAGGAGCGCAAGACUUCGCAGAGAAAAUCGCGAGAACUAUUGGGUACCCUGUGUCCAAGUGGUGGGUGAUCUGUUGGAAGUUUGUCUCGCCUGUGAUGGUGAUUGUAAGUAAAUAAAGAUCAAACUUCUUUUAUGCAUUGUAUUUGCCAUAGCUUGCAUUUCGUGAUUAAGUUUAUAAAUCACUAUAAAUAAUUUUGGAACGGCUCAUCUCCAGUUUCAAUGAUCACUAAACACGAGAAUCUUGGCAGUAGGGUCAGACUGAUAAAAUAAUAGGAUUACCAUAAUUACCGGGAGAUCUGAAGUGAAGAUUUUACAGAAACUCGUUCAAGAAACAUGGGAUCAUACGCGACAAAAACGUGCCUUGUUUCAAGCCUGCUAUUUUGUGUUUUCACUAAUAUUUUUGACUCCCACGACGGACUUUGCCGAAAGGCAGAACUGCUCGUAGUCUAAGAUUUGCUUACCCCACCGGUUUUAUUUCAGGGAAUCUUCCUGUUCAGUGUCAUCAAGUAUCAGCCCCUGACAUACGAGGAAAGACCAUACCCUAAAUGGGCUGAGGGCCUGGGUUGGAUUAUAGCCUGUGCCUCUAUGUUGUGUGUACCCAUCACCGCUGUCAAAGUGCUCUGUAAUGCUGAAGGCUCUUCUUUAGAGGUGUGUUAA